AUGGACAAGUCUCGCACGGAGCUCACGAUAACCACCCGCCCCGCGGCCAAGGCUCCGCUCACCAUGCUGAAAUUCAAAAGGCACCUGAUCACGAAAUUAAAAGCAAUGUUCAGAUGUCAGCUUAGUCGGCUCUGGAUCUCCUUCAGCCUCCUCAUUCUCCUCCUGGUGACCCUUCAAGUUGUGGAGAAGCUGCAGCCUGCCAGAUUGGUCAGCUCACCUAAAUAUGAUAUGACAUAUCCAGCUGAAAACCUACAAGCAGAAGACUAUAAUGGGACAGGUCUGCAAAGGGGGUUGCUCCCAAGCUGGACAGAAGCACCUACGGUUGAAAAGCCAUCAUUUGAAGAGAGCCAGAAAGUUGAAGGGAUCUCUUAUCGAGAAGCCACGUGCAAACCCAAGACCAAUGUUGUUUUUCUGAAAGUCCAUAAGAGUGCCAGCAGCACAGUCAUGAACAUCCUGUUCCGCUUUGGAGAGAUGCACAACCUCACCUUCGCCUUCCCUCUCAAUGGUGGCAGCCAGCUCUUCUACCCACGCCACUUCAUGGCCAAGUUUGUGCAAGGGUUCUCCCCUGGAAGCGCUCCGCAGUUCAACAUCCUCUGCCACCACAUGCGCUUCCUACACCCAGAGGUGCAGAGAGUGGUACCAAGCACAGCUGUCUAUUUCUCCAUCCUGAGAAACCCAGUGCAGCUCAUGGAAUCUUCCUUCGCGUACUACAAGGGCACAUCGUCCUUCUCCCGCGCCCGCAGCCUGGAGGAGUUCCUCCGCCAGCCGUACCGCUUCUACAACCCAAAGGUUGCUGACAGUCACUAUGCCAAGAACCUCAUGACCUUUGACUUUGGCUUCAAUCCUGAUGGAGAUGUCACACCGAAGCGGGUGCACCUGAUGCUGAAAGCCAUUGAGGCAUCCUUCGACCUGCUCCUUAUCUCCGAGUACUUCGAUGAGUCCAUGGUGCUGCUGAAGGAGACGUUGUGCUGGGACCUGGACAGUGUCGUGUCCUUCCCACUCAACAUCAGGGACAGCAGUACCAGGUCCUCCCUCUCAGACAGCAUGGUGGAGAAGAUAAAGAGGUGGAACAGGUUGGACUGGGAAAUCUACACCCAUUUCAACAAGACCUUCUGGGAGAGGAUUGACCGAGACAUCGGCAGGGAGCGCAUGCAGCAGGAAGUGAGAGCACUCCAGCGGAGGCAAGCAGAGCUGGCAGAGAUCUGCCUGCAAGGAAGAGGAAGCGUAGCCCCGAAAGAAAUCAAGGACUCUUCCCUAAUGCCACUGCAAUAUGGCAAUGCCAAAAUCCUAGGCUAUAACAUCAAGCAGGGCUUGGACAAGAAGACGGAGCACAUGUGCCGGCGGCUGGUGACACCGGAGCUGCAGUACAGCAGCGCUUUGUACAAGCAGCAGUUUGCCCAGAAGCUCCAGGCCCACAGGGCAGCUCCCUCACUGCGGGGCAUGGCGCAGGGCAGCACCUUCAGGCGACCUGCGGCGUAG